AUGAAGCUCCAGUGGCUCUGGCAUUUCCUUCCCUGCUGCUUCCUGCUUUCAAUGCUGCUGCCCGUGGGAGCAGAACAGCACAUGUUUGAUGUGACCAUUUGGCCAGAAAAGCCUGUCGUGGAGCAUGGAGGUUCUCUCUGGCUGAACUGCAGUACCAGCUGCCAGGAGGCAGAUGCCAGGGGAGGCUUGGAGACAUCGCUGAUGAAGGAGAAGAAAGACAAUGGGACUCAUUGGGCAGUUUUCCAGCUUGUGAACAUCACAGAGUGGGCGUCUGCCACUGAGUGCUCCUUCAGCUGUUACGGAGAGCAUAAAUCUGUUCAGGCAAACAUCAUGGUCUAUCAAAUUCCAGAACAUGUAGUGCUGGAUCCAGUGCCAAUAAUGGAGAUGGGCAAAGUGUAUAAUUUGACAUGCCGAGUUACCAAUGCUGCUCCCAUCCAGCUCCUCACUGUGACACUGUAUAAAGGAACAGAAAAACUCCACAUAGAGACCUUUGAGAAUCACAGUGCUCCUGGAGCAAGUGACAUCCUAGUGACCUUCCCCAUAACUGCUCAGCAGGACAAUCACAUGGAGGAAGUCACCUGCCACAUUGCUCUGGACAUGAUGCCUCGAGGGCAGCUCCUUGAAAAGACGUCUUUCAGCGAAGUCCUAAAAGUCUUUGGUUUUCUGGCAGAUCCCCAGCUUCACACUUCACGCUACGUAGAAGCUAGCUCUAACCUGAGUGUGACCUGCGAGGUUGCUGGGAUCUUCCCAGCUGAAGAGGCCCAAUUUGACUUGAAGUUCGGAGAACAGAGUCUGAAUGCCAGCAUCACUCUGUCAGGCAAUACUGUGAGAGCUGAAGCUCAGGUGUCUUCCUUGCCAACAGGAAACUAUCAGCUAAACUGCACCGUGUCCCUGGGGCCCAUGACCAAAUCUGCAGUGGAAACCAUGCAUAUCUACAGUUUUCCACAGCCUUCUUUGGAAAUCUACCCCUCUGAGGCCCUUGCCAAUCAGCUUGUGACAGUUCUAUGCAAUUCAUCAGCGCCUGAACCCUCCAGCUUUUAUCUUCGGAUCCAAAAUGCUUCUGGAGGAAUCUUGGCAUCCAGUGAUGAAUUUCCUUUGCAAUUCAACCUGACAGCUCAAGAGGAAGACAAUGAGCAAGAAUUUGUAUGUGCUGUGGAACUGGAAAUUGAUGGGAAAAUCAUGACAAAGCACACCUCUGCCACUCUCACCGUCUUCUAUGUGCCAGAAAUGGAUGAGUUGUCUUGUCCCAGCAACUGUACAUGGGUAGAGAGAACACAACAAAUGCUCCACUGCUUGGCUAAGGGGAACCCAAAGCCUUUGGUGGCUUGCUUCAAAGAGGGCAUUGCUUAUGAUGUUGAAGAGAAGAAACAGGUGGACCGGAGCCAUGCUGGCAUCUAUAACUGCACAGCCACCAAUGAGCUCAGCUCCAGCACUAGAACAAUCACCAUCCAUGUUGAAUAUGGCCCAGAGAUGGGAGAGUCCAAAUGCCCAAGUCACCAAACCUGGCUAGAAGGAAGUCUGUGGAAUCUCAGCUGCCAAGCUGAUGGUAUUCCAAUUCCGGAAGUAUUCUGCAUAAAAGAUGGCAAAGUCUACAAUGCUGGAAGGAUGCACAAUAUCACUCAAAGUCAUGCUGGUGUUUAUUACUGCAAUGCUACCAAUGUACAUGGGUCAGUUACCAAGAUGGUUGCUGUUACAGUGGAGUAUGAGCCUGAAAUGGAUGAUUCCAGCUGUCCUCAUAACUGGAUUCUGACAGUAGGGACACCACAUAUGUUCACCUGUUUUGCUUGGGGAAACCCAGAACCAACUGUUGAAUGCACUAAAGAUGGAAUGGCUUAUAGUCCUGGGGUUCUCCAGAACGUCACCAGAGAAUAUGCUGGAAGUUAUCUCUGUACAGCCACAAAUAUUCAUGGCUACAUCUCUAGAGCUGUGAGCAUCCAGGUGGAAUAUAAGCCAGAAAUGGAUGAAUCUAAUUGUCCAAGCAACUGGACGUUGGUGGAAGAGGCACUGCCGACUUUUCUCUGUAAAGCUGAUGGGUUUCCACCUCCUGAAAUUAUAUGCACCAAAGAUAAUAGAUCGUAUGAUCUCAGCCAAGGGCAAAGGAUCCUGGCUAACAAUGGAACCUUCUGGUGUAAUGCAACAAACCGCCAUGGCAGUGUAGCCAAGGCAGUCAAGAUUACAGUUGAAACCAAACCCAAGAUGGAUGACUCAAGCUGCCCAAGCAAUCAAACCUGGUUGGAAGGGACUCUGCAGUCUCUGGCCUGCGAAGCAAAUGGGAUUCCCACCCCACUUGUCUUGUGUGCCAAGGAGGGAACGACUGGGGAAAUCUACAGAGAGCAGAAUGUCAGCAGGAAUGACUCUGGGAUCUACGCGUGCAAUGCCACUAAUGGCCAUGGAACAGAGAGAUGGAUGGUGAACGUGCAAGUGGAAUACAGGCCUGCUAUUGCCGUUCUAUCAGUCAGUGGUUCUUUACCCAUUAGAAGGGGAGAAAACAUCACCAUCACCUGCCAGGCAGAUGGGUCCCCAGCUGCCAGCUACACCUGGAGGUUGCCCAAUGCCUCCAAUGUCAUCUUUAUUGGUAACAACAGCACAGUGAUAAUUGUCCAUGCAGACGGACAGAACAAUGGUGUGUAUGAGUGCACAGCAAGCAACAAGCAUGGACAACAGCACAGCCAAGUAGAAAUCCAAGUGGAAGAUCACUGGCUAUAUAUUAUUGUCAUUGUGGCAAUUGCUGGUGCCACCAUGGUGGUCCUGGGAGGAAUGGCUGGAAUCAUUUAUUAUCUCAAAUCCACAGCCUGUAAAAAGGGGGAAUACAAUGUCCGUGAUGCAGAGAAUUCUACUGAAGCCACUUUCCUAAAUCGGGAGAGGCCUUGUGAUAUUGACAUCUAUGGCAUACAGCUCACCAGGACCUGA